UGGAGGUUACAAAAUAGUAAGGUUAGAGGAGUGAUGUGUCAUUUAUUAAGACAGACGUAACAUAAUUCUGUUAAAAUUAAGUAAUAAUGAUUCAUGUAGCAACGGAGGAAAAUGAAACUGUUCCGAAGAAAUCUGAAACAACAAAUGAACAUGAAAAACCCAGAGAAAAGAAGGAACGCUUUCGUCCCCCAACCAAGGUUGUGAUACGGAGAUUACCUCCCACAUUAACAAAAGAUGCAUUUAUAAGUCAGAUAUCGCCUCCGCCUGAACACGAUUAUCUAUAUUUUGUAUGUCCUGACAAAAGUCUGGGACCAUUUGCUUUCUCAAGAGCAUACAUUAACUUCAUUAAGCAGGAAGAUGUUUUUACAUUUAAAGAGCAGUUUGACAACUACAUUUUUAUGGAUAAGAAAGGCAGUGAGUAUCCAGCCGUCGUGGAGUUUGCUCCUUUCCAGCGUUUACCCAAAAAGCGCCUGGGUCGUAAAAAAGAUCCCAAAAUGGGAACAUUGGAACAAGAUCCAGCAUAUAUCAGCUUCCUUGAGAGCAAAGCAGCUAAGCCUACAGAAUCUGGCUCUACUCAGCACUGCUCUCUUGAAUACUUCCCUCCUCCAGAGAAAAAGAAAAUUACUACUACACCUCUCUUGGACUUUCUGAGACAGCGCAAAGCAGAGAGGCAGCGUUUGCGUGAUGAGCGGAGGGAAGAACGAAGGAGGAAGGAACAAGAGCGAAAGAGGCUCAAGGAUGCUGAUAGAGACAGGCGUCGGGGAACCGGAAAGCCUGACACUGGUUCUUCUCGGGAUAUAACAUCUGACUCGGUACUCAGGGUCUUACGUAACCCUGAGCAUGAGAAAGAGGUGAAGGAUGACAAUAACAGAGGGGGAGGAAUGAAGGAAAGCAGAGAUAAAUCACAGCAGCUAGGGACCAAGAAGAGGGAAGAUGACCGGCAGCGUAACAACAGAGAUAAGGAACGUGAACGGAAAGAAAAACAGUUUCAAGAGAGUAGGCAAAGGGAGAAUAAAGGACAGAAUAGUGUCAAGAGCUACCGAGAUGAUCGGCAAAAACAGAUGGAAAUAAGAGCACAGCGGAAACUACCUGAUGAUCAGCGUAGGAAAACAAGUUUUGAACGUGUGCAGGGACACGUAAAAAUAACUGACUCUCACCAGAGCCAUGAACCAGAGAAGGGACAAGGCCCUUCCAAGAUGUCUGAUACCAGACGAAGCCAAGAAUUCGACCGUGGUCCAACCAAAUUAUCUGACAUCCGUCGAAGUCAAGAAUUUGAGCGUAACCUGGGAUCCUCCAAGACUAGUGACUUACAUAAAAGUCAAGAGUAUGAUCGUCAGACACAUUCCAGUAGAGAUAUAGAACACAGGAAGCAUUAUCAAUCUAGUGACCAACGAAAAGUACCAAAUGAAAGGUUUCAGAGCCAUGCCAAGGAUAGUGAAAAACAAAACAAAGAAAGUGAACACAGAAAAAGCUACAGGGACUCAGAUUUCAAAAGAAACCAAGGUUACAGUAAAGAUAUAGACCAGAAGAGAAAUUCCUAUAACAUAAGAACAACUCGAUGUUAUAAUGAAACUGAAUCCAAGAAAACCUCUUCAGAUCACAGGAUUCAUUUUAAAGAAGGUAAUCCAAAGAGUAUCAAAGAGUCAGUGGGGGAAAAUAUGAAAGGAGAAAAGGAGGAUGAGUCUAAGAAAUGGGAACAAAUGGGUGCAAAGCCAAAAAAGGUAAUUUCACUGGAUGCAACAAAUAAACCAGAAUCAAAGGUAGAUAAAAUGAAAGAACAGUCAUUGAAGCCUGAGAAUCCAGUAAAGAAAGAGCAAAAUGUAGGGAAUUCUUUAGAAUCUGAUGUCCAAGAGGAUGAUCGAGAAAAUAAUAUUGUUGAAGAGAAACAAGAAUCUGGAGAAGGAGGGAUGAAAAAUGAUUCAGAGAAACAACCAAAACAAAAGAACUCUUCAGAAUCAGAAAGCCCCGAGCUCAGUUAUCAGUCUGUCACUGAAAAUGUGAGUAAGGACAAGCAGGAUUCUUUGAAGUCGGAAAAGCAAGACUUGGCAGAACCUGAAGAUAUGCACAAGACUGAAGUCCAAGUUGAGCCUAAAGAAAAUGUAAAACCAUGUACUGAGCACAAAUAUGGAGCAAAGCUAUGCAGGCGGAGGGGUUCCCUUGAUUCUAGUGAUCAUGAAAGUGAGAUUCAAGGACGCAAAGGCAUGAGCAGAAGUGCCACAGGUAGCGACUGGAGUAUGGACUCAAAACUGAAACGCAACCACUCUCUGGACCUAGAAGGGAAUCACUGGGUCAUGGAUGCAAUGCAAGGUGAAGGCAUAUUGAAAAGUUCUACAGUAUCAGAGAAAAGUACAAGAGAGGUGAGAAAAGGUGGAAACAGUGAUGAGAAGGAGAGAUCCACAGAUGCUUCUAAUAAUGGGACUGAUGGAGAACACAAGAGGGACCCAAGAGUCGAAAGGAGAAUUCGAAAUAAGGAUCGUCCAAGCAUAGAGAUAUAUCGACCCGGCAUGGGUCGAUUUAGCCUUCAGCGAAAGGAACGUGAAAGGGGUUCAGGUUCUGCACCAGGGACAGCAGGCAGCAGUAUGGAACAGGAAUCUCCUUCAUCCAGUCCCUCACCCACCCCAACAAACACUACUCGAACAGCAGCAUCUACUAAAAUUUCCAAAGUUGGAAAUGAAUUACGUUCCAUGACUUUCAAACGCAGCGUAAGUCGUGAGAAAUAAAAUCUGGAGUCAGAGAAGCAAUCCAACUGCCAGAUUCGUUUAUCAGCUCUUCAGCCAGUAAAAGCAAGAAAACUACAUGGAAGAGUAAAAAAAUUCGUGAAAUUCAGGCACAAUUUUUAGUAAAUAGGAUACGCAGAAACAGUCAUACACAGUGGAUAUUUUAAAGAGCAUUGUCUCAAUAAACCACAUUGAGGCCUACAAGAGCUUCCACUGCUAAUUUUCCUAGUUUGAAAAAGAAUGUUAAUGUUCACCUGUUGCUGAAACUGAGAUAUUGCAACUUGCUCCACAUAUAGCAUGCAGUGCACUGCAGUGCACUCAACCCCCCCCCCCCNUUUAAGCGGCAGACAGUUGUCUUGAUGUGCCUAAAUUGUGGGGACUUCUUGAUCCUUCCUGGUAUAAUGCUUGUUACUGUAUCUUGGUUCCAAUUCACUAUUAUGAAUGUAAGAAAUGGGCUAUUAAAUCCCUUUUGUGAAGCAGUGUAUGUACAACAAUUUUAGAACUUCAGGUGUUGACUGUACUUAACGUUUACAACUGUUUCUUUUACAUGUAGAUUCUUAGGACAUUCAUUUUGUAUUAAUUUGAAAUUUACAAUAUCUUGAUAUUUGCGGAAGAGAAAACAAACAUUCUGUGAUUAACGUGUGAACUGAAGAAGCUGAGAAAUGUUAAUGUAUGUCUUGUCAUCAAGUUAAUGGCAUUUAUAUUACUUUAUUUCAUUUCAUCUGUAUAUGCCUUUACAAAAUGCUGCUUAGGCAUACAGUCUCCUUGAUUUACACAAGCGAAAGUAAGGACACAGAUUAAGGACAAAGAAAUCAUUCUUGCUAUAAAACUGUGUUUGAUAUGAUACUGAAUUGUGUGUUGUAUAAAAUAUGAAUUAUAUGUCAAUUUUAAUUUUUUUAAUAAAAGGUAUUCAGAAA